CGCGGUCGCGCUAUAGCCCGAGCCUUACAGUGCUAUACCGCGCGGCACAAGAAUGUGACAACAUUCUAUUUAAUACCUCUUGUACUAUUGUAAUACCAUGACGACGAACAACAACCUUGUAUUCCGCAUCACCUACACCUCUAUUUUCUUCCUCUUAUGUCUUGUUCUCAUAGCUCUACUUCUUGUUGUACCUGGCGACUUCAUCCGUCAAGUUUUAUUUACUUCUAAACGAUACAUCAACUUAAUCGUCCUCGCGAUAGUGGUUGUCAUCACCCUCCUCAUUAUAUUGUUCAUCUACGCACUGAGGCUUUAUGUUACCCGGACAGUGCUAGCGUCUAUACCGAAGACAUGGAUACCUACGGAGAAGGGCGAUGCCCCCAAGGAAGUUCGCAAGAUGAUUGCCACUGACCUCAGCCGGAGUGCCGCCAUCGCCUGGGGUGCCUACCCAAAGGUUAUUACGCCGCCUACUCGAGCCCCGUCUCCUGGGGAUAAAGCAGAGGAAGCAAUGGCCGAAGGCAAUAUGAAGGAUGAAAGGAAAUCUCUUCAACUCUUCAGAUCGAAGCCGCCCACAACUGUUGAGGAAAAGAUGGGAAUUUUGCUUCCAUCAUUAAGACCCGUAUGGGGUGAGGUUGAACAUGAUGGUUGGGGCUCACCAAACUCGCCCGACCUGCCUAAUCUCCAGUACAGCAAUGUGAUCUCUGAGUUGCCGAAUCUCAUCGAAGCGAAAGCUGUCACACAAGCACCCCCAGAUCCAGACUCCAUUGCCAUCCCGCCGACGCUGGAUGCUGACGCCGUUGCCCUUCUUCGGCGUUCUUCCUGUAUGACAAUGCGAGACUAUGUCACUCAUCUCAUGAACGUCGGCGUGCUACCCAGCUCUCAAGACGCGUUCAGUUUCAUUGAUAACUACGAACGCGCCCGCUUUUCCACUCGCCCCCUAUCUAACGCCCAUUUUCGACAUCUAAUGCAUCUCUUUGCUGAACUCUUACGUUCAAUCAGGCCCCUGGACACUGGCUCCAUAUAUCAUGGUACUGAGGACGCUUAUUCCGAGAGUGACGGGCAUAUCGACGACGACGCGCCUCACACUACCCCCACUACCCCAGCGCGAAGCAAUUCGACUUCUAUCAGUCUGAGAAGCGGGAGUAGCACGCGGUCACGUGCUCUUAGGCCAAACCUCGGCGGUCGCAAUUCAUCAUCCCAUACGUGGAACCAGUACCGUACCGCGCCCACAACGCCGAGGAGUAAAGCUGGCGGUAAGGGCCUUUCACAUACGUCUAGUACGAAUAGUGGGAGCAGCUUCGCGCAGACGAGACGUAUUUAUGCCGCGAGUCAUACCUCGAGUUCGAGUCUUAGGUCGGCCUCCCAGACGUCUAUCAUACGGCUCGCGACUAGAGAGGACCGCAGCGACUUGCCUUACGUGCUGAGGAUUGGUGAGGCUUACUAGCCUCUUAUGGUAUAGAAUUCGUUGGAGUAAAGGGGUAUUAAGGAAAAUGAUA